AUGGUGGAAGCCAUAAAGGAAAUAGGAGUGCUUAAAGCACGCACCACCGCUAUGGCCGUGUCGGCACGCAGGAGCUUGUGGCUACUCCAGUGGACUGCUGACGCGGACUCCAGGAAAGGCGUGGAAGGCCUACCAUUCACAGGAAAGGCCUUAUUUGAAGAUGAAUUAGACAAAUGGAUCUCCACAGCUACUGCGGGUACAUCCCAUGAGAGUCUUGUCUGCAGUUACUUCAACCUGGAACAAAACCUAACUAAUGAUAAAGACAUUCCAGGAGCCAACAUUCGUCCAGCAAGAGACUGGAAAACUCCAACCACAGUGUUUAUCGAUAUGUCCCUGUAUACAGUCAUCACCUUGGACACAACCCUGCAAUCUUUAAGCACAUAUAUCUGGUUUACCAUGGAAUGGCAAAAUGAAUUUAUAAGUUGGAAUCCUGAUUACUUUUGCGGGAUUGAUAGCUUUGCAACUCCGGGUACAAACCUAUGGCUUCCAGACCUCUAUAUCUAUGAACUGACUGAUGGAGACCAAACUUCUGCAGUGAUUCCAUAUGUCUUUGUCUCCAGUGAUGGGCUAAUCAGUGAUUAUAAGCCAAUGCGAAUUGUGAGUUCCUGUACACUGGACACUUUUAAGUUUCCAUUUGACAAACAGACCUGCUCUUUGACCUUUGGCUCCUAUAUACAUACAAUCGCAGACAUCGUCAUGUGUCCAAAAUCCAAUUCCUCUCAGGUGGGCAAAAACACUCAGGAUAUUUUUGUCAGCAAAGGAGAAUGGUCCCUGUUGGACAUCAGUGUAAGCAACACAACACUAUGGAGUGAGGGGUCAGGGUACAGCCAAGUGAUCUUUACGAUCAGUUUACAACGAACCCCUCUAAUCUACAUCCUAAACAUCUUUAUCCCAGCAUGCAUCUUUGUCCUUCUGGAUAUUAUCAGCGUGUUUAUUCACAUUGGAAAUGGGUCCAGACUAAACUUCAAAGUGACAGUGAUUUUGGGGUUCUCUGUGCUCCUGCUGAUUCUCAAUGACAUACUUCCUAGUUCGGACAAGCCCCCAGUUUUAGGUAUAUUCUGCUGUGUGUGCCUUGCUGUCAUGGUAGUCAGUAUAAUGAGCACUAUUGCAACCUCUUACAUGCUAAUGCUGUCUGAAACUCAACCACAUGUUCCAGGCUGGAUAAAAUUCUUGAUCAUUAGACAUCUCGCCCGUAUCCUGUGCUUCAGAGUGCAGUCCUCCAAACAAGACCAGGCUCAUGUCAUUAGAGCCAGAAUGGGGGGCAAUGAUGAUGGAGUAAAAGCUUAUGCUGCCCCCCUUCAGUGGAGGAAGGACAUAGAGGAGAAGGGUAGAACCCACUUGGAAGUAACCAUCUUAAAAAGAUUGCUGGCAGAAAUUCUACAGAUCCAACAGGAUUUAGCCUUUUCUAGAAACACGGAUGAUAAGUCUGGGUGGUACAUUGCAGCAUUGAUAGUGGAUAGGCUUUUCCUCAUACUACAUAUCAUCAUUGUCAUUGUCAUGUUUGUAGUUGUCAUCUGCAUGUGGGUCACAUGA